AUGAGGUUGCGCACUCGACACUCCCCUCUGCUCCUGCUCCUCAUCCCGUCGCUCGUUGCAGGUCUCGCAGUUGAAACCAAGGACAAGAAUGGCGCCAAGGCCGUAGCUUCUACCGACAAGUCCACCGAUUCGACCACUGGCUCUGGCGUCAAGACCAGGUUCGGUACCGACCAUGCGCCUGUCGAUGGAAAGGACGGCAUGCCCCACGAGGGUCCUUUCGUCGACCAGGACAGAGACAGCAAAAAGGAGGCCGCCGACACCGAUAGCAAGAAGGGCUUGCCUCCCUUGAAGGGACGCCCAUCAGACCCUACCGUCGUUGACGGCAAGAAGAUUCCCGAGACCAAUGAUGGCGUCAUGAAUGACAAGACACGCCAAAAGCCCAAGGAGGGCACCACGGGCACUGAGGGAGGUGUCAGUGAGAAGGACAAGGCGCGCAAGGCAGCCGAGGGGAAAAUCGGCGAAAAGGUCAACAAGAAGCCUGAGGCGCCCAAGGAGCAGCCUCCUCUGCCUCACAGCGAGCAGGAGAAGAUCAUGAGCGAAAAGGAUGCCGCCAAGGAUAAGGAGCACGAUCACGACCACCACACUGCCGACGAAGUUGCGGGUCUCGAGAAACCUGCAGGCCUACCGCACAAGCUCGACGACAAGCCCAAUCCUCUCCCUAACUCGGCGCACAAGGACCAUCUGGAUCUCCCCAAGUCCAAGGGAAACUCACCCUCCAAGCUAGACGACGAGGCUGAGGGUGUUAUCCAGCCCUUCCACUCCUUCGUUUUGUCUUUGACAAUGAUUCUUGUCUCCGAGGUUGGCGACAAGACGUUCCUCGUUGCGGCACUCAUGGCGAUGAAGCAUGACCGGAUGGUUGUCUUCUCUGCUGCCUUUGGCGCGCUCCUGGUUAUGACUGUUCUAUCGGCUGUUCUCGGCCACGCAUUGCCUACCUUAAUCCCCAAGCGGAUAACCUGCUUCCUUGCUGCCGGUCUGUUCUUCGUGUUUGGCGCGAAGCUGCUUCGGGAGGGUCUGGGCAUGGACCCCAACGAGGGUGUUACCGCCGAGCUACACGAAGUCGAGCGAGAGUUGGCUGAGAAGGAAAAAGAGGGCAAGCGUCGUGGCUCUACAGUCUCUCCUUAUGCCUUGGAGAUGGGCCUCAACGGCAGUAGGAAGUCUAGGUCUAAGAGCCGUUUCCCUUCGCCCCCGCGCUCGCCCUCUCAAUCUCCGCCCCGCAGUCCUUCACCUGGUUCGGGUGGCAUCCGGGGCUCUCUGCAGGGUCUGAACAACCUUCUCGGCCUUCUCCUCAGCCCUGCGUGGGUCCAGACGUUCGUCAUGACUUUCCUCGGUGAAUGGGGAGACCGGAGUCAAAUCGCCACAAUUGCCAUGGCCGCUGGACAGGACUACUGGUGGGUUAUCCUGGGUGCCAUGGUUGGUCACUGCAUCUGCACGGGCGCUGCUGUCAUCGGUGGCCGUGCCAUUGCAGGCCGUGUUAGUCUCAAAGUUGUCACUGUUGGCGGUGCUGUCGCCUUCCUCGUGUUUGGCUUCAUCUACUUCUUCGAGGCUUUCUACGCAUGA